GUAGACUUGAUCAUGACUCGGAAUGUCUAUAAUAACUGAACAAAAUAACAACCCCUAUCGUCCCCAAUAAUCCCUUUGAGCAUAUAUGACAGUCAACAAAGCUAUGGUCACCUCAAGCUUCUCCCAGUCGCCCUACCUUCGCUUCUCCGCAACCAUAUUUGCAACUAUCUUCCUAGGCUUUGGCAUAAAUGGCAUCCUACGGCCUCGAAAUGCAAUCGAGUUCUUCGAGUUCGAAGCACCAGCCUCUGCUGUGGACAAGAAACUCGUCGACAACCUGAUGGUGCUCUAUGGAGCGAGGGACGUGUUCAUGGGUCUGGCCAUCUACGCAGCCGCGUACUUUGGAGACCGUAAAACAUUAGGUUGCAUCCUGAUAGCUGGCAGCGGUGUAGCGUUGGUGGAUGGCGCUGUCUGUAAGGCUCAGGUCGGAAAGGGAGAGUGGAAUCACUGGAAUUAUGCGCCGGUUCUAGCGACGGUUGGGAGUCUGCUGCUCGGUGCUUUGGACCGAGCGUAGGACAGAGAAGCCUGACUCCAGUGAAAGCCGUAUCUCUAUCUAGCAGAAAGUACUGCGCAUAGACUGCUCUGAGCACCACCAGAUAUGCGUAAGAGCGAUUAAGCACGAGGGGUGUCCUUAUUCAAGCUUUUCUAAUUUU